UUUAACGAUCAAAUUUAUAUUAUCAUUAAUGAUUAAAUGACAUAUAUAUGUCUACUAAGUGAACUGAUUAUUAAACUUGCUCAGUAAAUACCUAACUAACAGGUUUAGACCUGUUUACUGCUACCAUUACUUGUCAAGGUCAGUCGCUCAAGACAAUCUAGUAAAAAGAGCACUUAUGAUGAAUCUUAUCCUUCUUUAUGUGUUUGCUUCCUAAAAUCCUUAUUAUCAUCCAAAAAAAGCAAUAAAUUCAGAAGAUAAUCAAAGCGCUGUUUUUAAAUCAGCAAUAAAAAGUAUGACGGCAAUAGCUUCUGGGAAAUAACGACGCGUUUCUACGAAACGAUAACAAAUUCUACAUUACUAAUACUACCACAAAUGUAAGUUUCUUCCAAGUAAAUUUAUAUUGUUUUCCUCAUAUAUGCUCCGGUAUAUAAGGUUACUGAUCAUUAUUGAAGCGACACUAAGAAUGAAGACUCUCGUGCUAGCCAUUCUCAUCAUUGCCUCUGUUUUUGGUGAUGAUGCUGCUCCAGAGCUUACGAUUCCUCUGGGAAGGAUCAAGGGUUCGAUGAUGCGAACUAGGCUUGGAAAGGACAUAUAUACAUUCCGAGGGCUAAGAUAUGCAGAAUCACCUGAAGGAAAACAAAGAUUUAAAAUCGCGGUACCAGCCAAACCAUGGAGCGGAGUGUUUGAUGCUUCAGCAGAGGGUCCAUCGUGCCCCCGAUUGGGUGGUAAUCUCACGCAAGAGGACUGUUUGCGCCUCAAUGUUUACACCAAAAAGGUUCCAAAGCUUGGAGAUAAUUCAGCCAAGAGCCCAGUAAUAGUCUUCUUCCAUCCCGGAGGCUUCUACGGCUUUUCAGGACAAAGCUACCUAUUCGGUCCGCAAUAUCUCCUUGACGAAGAAGUCGUGUUAGUCACAACCAACUACAGAUUGGGCGCCAUAGGCUUCACUGCUACUGGAGACGCUGAAUUCCCAGGGAACCUAGGCCUCAAGGACCAGGUCCAAGCUUUGCGAUGGGUCCAACAGAAUAUCGCAGCUUUCAACGGAGACCCUGAAUGUGUCACAAUUGUGGGGUACAGCGCAGGAUCUUGGAGCGUCGCGCUCCACAUGCUAUCUCCAAUGUCCCGAGGGCUGUUCCAUCGUGCAGUAGCGAUGAGUGGGUCUCCCACCAAAGGGAAACAGCUUCAGCACCAGCAACUAGACCUGGCUAAGAAACAGGCCCAAUUGGUAGGCUGUUCUUCUGAAAACACCACAAUUAUGCGGGAGUGCUUCGAAAAGGUUCCAGCUGACAAAAUGGCAGCUACUGUUCGGAACAUGACUGAGUGGGGCUGGGACCCAAUUCGCUUUUGGUCUGCUGUCGUGGAGCCAGAUAUUCCUGGGCUUGAGAGGUUCAUCGUCGAGCAACCAGUCGACACAAUUCGGUGCGGAAACUUUUAUAGGGUACCUUUUAUGAGCGGAUCAACUUUGGAUGAAUUUGGAGGGCAAGCUAGACUUCCAGUUGUUGCUGCUCGCCACGGGAACAAUUCUGUUUUUGACGACUUGAACGCAAAUUGGGAUUACAUUGCGCCCAUUGCAUUUCAAUUUGAACGCAAGACUUCCAGGUCAAAAUGGAUUAGUAAAGAGUUGAGGGCUUUUUACUUCAAAAAUGAAACUAUUGGUUUGCAGAAUUGGCAAGCUCUUUCUCAUUUGUACGGAGACGCUAUAGUAUCCUUCCCAAUCCACCGAAUCGUUGAUUUAGUAUCCAGAUAUUCUGAUCAACCUGUUUACUACUACCACUUUGUUUAUCCAGGGCGCUACAGUUGGCACGUUUGGUCCGAUACCAAAAAACCAUUCGGUGUCGUUCAUCAUGAUGACCUAAUGUAUCUCUUCUAUAUGCAACGCUACUUCCCCUACUUGAACGAAACUGCUCCGGAGAUACCUACCGUGGAGCACAUGACUGCUAUGUGGGCGAGUUUUGCCAAAACAGGGAACCCUAUUCCCAAGGACAAUCCUCUGUUCAAAGACGUCACUUGGGAACCUUUUCAACCUGAAACUAAGCAGUACCUUGAAAUCAACAGCAAUUUGACGAUGAAGUUCAAUCUUAAUGCUGAACGGAUGGAAGCUUUUGAAAGGAUAUUUCCAUUAGAUGAAUCCAAUUGCAAGAAUGGUUGAUAUAAACAAUUAGAUUAAUCA